GCGGAGCAAAGUGUCGCAGCGUGCUCGGUUCGUCACGGAGUGAGCUCGAACGUCGAACUUCCCAGCUCCAAGCGUCGCUUGAUGCUGCUCCCACAACGUCGCCCUCAUCUACACGUAGACACUGACGAUGCGCGAGCAGGCGCAUCGUCUAGCCACAGCGUGCCGUUUCCAAAGCAUGACGGGUUCAGUCACUUCCACACCUCGGUGGUCCGGGCACACCAGCUGGAAAUACAGAUACAUAGCCCCACUAUAAGGUCCAGUCACAAGAAUACGUACGAGCCGUCCAAGAUACUGCCUGUUUUUGGAGACCAUGACAGGGUUGAGGGAGCCGUUCUGCUUGAUCCGCAGCAAUCUUCAACCCCGGGAAAACUGUCAGUCACAUUUGAGGGCGCGUUCAUCUACUUGUCACCGGGGGCCAUGAAACCUUCAGAACGGAUGGCUGACGCGAGAAACUCUGAUAAGUACAGACACCUGUUCUUCUCGUCAACCAUCACUUUUAGUACGGGCGAGAGCGGAAGCCCUCGCUCUGCAUCAUCACUACGGGAUGCCUUCACCAAUUCCGUGCGCCUGCGAAAGACGGAAAGCUCUCCAAACACUGCUGGAUCCGCCCGCCCACACUUUCCUUUCGCAUUCGAUAUACCGCGACCAGGACGUCCAGGUGAAGAAUUACCUCCUACAUGCUGCAAUGUUUCGCUUGGUAUCGCUGGCAUCAGAGGACGAAGCGCUGUGGAAAGAGCGGAGGUUGAGUACAAGAUUGUCGCGACUUGGGAAGACCACGAUGACAAGGAGACGGCACGGCUCGAAGCUCCGGUUAUAUACCAACCAGACACUGACUUUCAGUCUUUGGAUGGCCUGUAUCUCGAGCCCGACUCGUGGCUCGAAAUACCUCUCCGUUCCGACAGACCCAUACCUUUCAAAUGCGCGGUAACUCUACCAGAUCCACCUACGCUGCCCAGAUCGGGUUAUGUGCCUUUCUUCGUUGUGUUUACUACGAGGCCCCGGUCUUCGGCCCUUGCGCGAGAAAUCGCUGCAGAUGCUACUAUCGCCGUUUCGCUCCUUCGUCAAAUCACAGUCCUGUCAGGACCCUCCCCACUCUACAGCCCAACCAUUUCCGCGAGCUCCGUGUCAAGCGAGGACUCAGACGCACGAAUUACUCCCAAAAAAUCGCUUCUCCGGCGUCGUAUCGUCAAAAGCUCCCCUUCAACCCCAUCGGGCUCUCUGAGGUCUCCCCAGAAGCCUGUUCCUCAGGACAAACCCUUGCCCCCAAUACCACAUGGCAUCUCGGACAUGCGAUCUCUACACACCGAUGUUUGCAUCGGGUUUCCUAAGCGCCCUCGCAACCGCAUGGCCUCUCACCGGCACCAUCCGUCCAUUGAAGAGAACGCAGCGCUACCCGAUGGACUGUAUAAGGGAAAGCUCAGGCUCGACAAAUCUAUGCUGCCCUCCAUCGAGUGGGCGAGCUUGACUGUGAAAUAUUUCGUUGAGGUUUCUGUUGUCCUCGGUCAGGACGAGCUGCGCGUCCGUGUUCCCGUCCGUAUCUUCUGACCGUUCUUUCGGCCACUUCCGCAGCCUGUUCGUUCAGCCUACGCCUAAUUUAUUUAUUCUUUAUUUAAGGACCUUAUCCCAUUGCACACAUAUCCCUAUACCCUUUGUUGUGUGCGAAUUGCGAGAUGGCGAAUUAUAUAUACUCUUGUAGCGCGCGUUUAAAAUG